AUGGCGGUGACGUCGACGUAUAGUCUGCCUUUUUGGUUUAGAAUUAUUUAUCUAUCGUUUCAAUAACCUUGAGUAAGGAUUUCAAACGUGUAAACAUAAUACAAAGUGUAAAAAAAUAAUUAAGAAAUAGUUAAAACGCAUUUGAGUAAAUGUUGCCGUCUGCUGGCAACAUUGGAGUACUGCGGCAGGCGCGUGUUUAUGACGCUAUUCACAUGUGCGUUUGAAGCAGCGACCUCCUUCCUUUUGUAAACAGGCGGUCUCCGUGUAAGUUGACUUUAAUAAUUUUAUAAUGCAUUUGUGAUUUGAGUUGUUCAUUCUGGGACAGAGUAGACAGUCAUGGCUGUGCAUGCAGCUCACAGAUGUAUGUAUUUGCAUAGACUGGUUCAUAGCAGGAACAGAGAUUUGCUUGUGAAACUUGUUAAAAGUAGUUGCAGCAGGAUUUUUUUCACUGCUUCUAUGAGAUCUUAUGAGGAUGAUGGACAGAGUCAAGAGUCCUUAAAACUACGUCCUAACAAAACAGAAAGUCAGGCUCUCCUGAUCAGAAGGAAGCGACCCUUGUCCCCUCUGGAGAGGAUCAGCAGUCUGCUGCCUCAGGAUGUACUGAGCCCAGAGGUGAUGCAGCUUAGAGAGCAAGAACAGCAUGAAGAGGAAGCAGAGAAGUGUGAUCCUGCGGUAGUCACUGGAGAGGAAGAUCUCGAGACCUACACUGGCCCUGGGACAGCAGAGGAGCCAAAAGCUACUGCGUUUCAGCAUGUGGAGGCGCAGGUGUACCCCACUCUUCUUGGGGAGAGCUUGCUCACUUCUGGGGAGCUGCUUAUCGCUGAGUACAGAAAGAAUAGGCGGGUGGAGUUCAGGAAGAUGUUCCAGCUUCAGCCAGGGUCCCGUCUGCAGAGCAGUUGGGGGAUCAUCAUGCAUGAGGACCUUAUGGGGCAGCCUGCAGGCCGAUUCCUGAAGACGAGCAGGGGCGUUCCUAUCUUUAUUCGGCGUGCCAGUCUGGAGGACUACGUGCUGCAUAUGAAGAGGGGACCUGCUAUCGCCUAUCCAAAGGAUGCAGCCAACAUGCUGCUGAUGAUGGAUGUUAUGGAGGGAGACUGUGUGCUGGAGUCAGGUUCUGGGUCUGGAGCAAUGUCACUGUUUCUGUCCAGAGCAGUUGGUUCCAAGGGUAGCGUGCUGAGCGUGGAGGUCAGGGAGGAUCACCACAGAAGAUCUGUAAAAAACUACGAGCGUUGGAGGAUGUCGUGGGCUCUGCGACGAGAACAGGAGUGGCCCAACAACGUGGAGUUUCAGCACGCCGACCUCUGUUCAUCCUCGUCGCUCCUCGCUGGGCGAGGAUUUCACUCGGUUGCUCUUGACCUGAUCCAUCCUCACCUAGUUUUACCUACCGUGCUGCCACACCUGCAUCCUGGAGCUGUGUGUGCCGUGUACCUCGCCAAUAUAACACAAGUCGUUGAUCUGCUGGAGGGUCUACGGUGUUCUGGGCUUUCUGUUCUAUGCGAACGUGUCGUUGAGGUUCCAGUCCGAGACUGGGUGGUGAACCCCGCCCUGCAGAAAGAUGGACAAUACUGCACCAGGAAAGCUCCGAACCUGGGCGAAGAUCCGAGGAGCCAGGAAGAAAGCUCAGAUGGGGCUAAUAGAGAAAACAACUUCGGGCCAGCAUUUGGUAAUGUUCCCUACAUUGCCAGACCACAUCCUGAACAAAUGAGUCACACAGCCUUCCUGGUGAAACUGAGGAAAUUUGUGUAGUAGCUACAGUCACUGAAGACCCUGGAUACCAAUGACUAUUUAAGAGGUGAAUGUUACCUCACAGAGUAAAAGAAAAAUAAACUGAUGAAAAUACAUUUUCUUUUUUGUUUAUAAAAUGUAUAAAUCCAGAAUUUAGAUAGUAAAACAGGGUUCCUACCUAUAUUCCUUACUCCACAUUCAAAAUGCCAAAAUUCCAGUUAGUUUUUGAAGCCAUUGAUUUUAAACAGAAAGCUCCUUAAAAAUAAAAAAAUAAAAUUCUAGAGGUCAGGCUUUAAAUAGCUAUUGUAAGGAAGGAUGGACAGAAAUGGAUGGACGGACAAACCGAUGCAUUGAAAAACGUUAUGGAAGGAUGGACAACAGGGUGGAUAGUUCAAAUGAUUGAGCGUCAAACUGAUGGAUAGUUUUUAUAGAUGUACAGUUGGACAAAUUGAUGGAAAUGUAAUAAAUGGACAAACAGCUGGAUGGAUGGAUGGAUGGAUGGACAGACGGAUGGACAGAUGGGUGAAUGCUGUAACAGAUGGAUGGAUGGUUGGACUAUUGAUGGAAAAUGGAUGGCCAUAUUGAUGUACAGCCAGACUGAGAUGGAUGGAAGGACUGAUGGAUGAUGGGACAGAUUGACUUCUAUGUGCACAUUUGGUUUAAAAGCCAGCAUGAAAACUCACAGGUUGCAGCAACUUAUUUUUAGAAAUUCAGACAUGAAUCAUGUUGAUAAUAAAACAGAGAAUAAAAAUCCUGGA